AAAAAAAUUGUAUGGCCCUUUGUGAACUGUAAACACAAAACAAAAUAAGUACACAAGUAAAGUUAUUUCGAACUGUGAACCAGUCUCUAGUCUACGGAUAACGAUAAACUAAAGAAGUUUAGCUUAGAGCUCACGGCGGGUGGCUAGACGGCAGUCAUCAGCGCGGAAGAGGCCGAGACACACGCAUUCACAGAUACAUAGUAACCAACCGAUUCAAAAUGAGUGUAUUAUUGUGGCUGCAACGAGUAGUGUACUAUAAUCUAUUAACUGUAUACUACAAUGUGUUGAUGCUCAUCGGGUUUGCUGUAGUGUAUUUAAAAAAUCCGUUCUCUAGUCCCUGGACUCAGAAAUUGAAAUUGGAACCACCUGCGCGACUCACAGACCCUAAAUAUGGAGUGCACAAAUACAUCAAAGUUAAUGGCACGGUAUUGCACUAUGUUGAGAGCGGUGACCCUUCGAAACCUCUUAUGAUAUUUGUUCAUGGCUUCCCGGAGUUCUGGUACUCCUGGAGACACCAGAUUGUGGAGUUCCAAAAGGAUUAUUGGUGUGUGGCCAUUGACCUGAGAGGCUACGGAGAUUCAGAACGACCAGAGGGCGUGGCUGCUUACCAAAUCCAAAAUCUAGUCGCAGACAUAAAAGAUCUGGUAAUUCAAUUAGGCAGAGAGAAAUGUAUUUUAAUUUCUCACGACUGGGGUGGUUUGAUCGCUUGCCAGUUCCGCAACCAACACCCUGAAAUGUUGCAUGGAUUAGUCAUGUUGGCCAGCAUAUCGAGCACAGCUUGGGUGCGCGAGAUUUGGAACAAUCCUGAACAAAGAAAGCAAUCUUGGUACGUAUUCUUGUAUCGUGCACCGGUGAUACCAGAAAAAGCACUUCUCAUGAAUGAUUUAGAAAUCUAUGAAAAAGUCAUGUUGUUGCCUGGCAAAAGCAACACUGAUAAAGAAGACAUCGAGUGCUACAAAUACUGGUUCCGUAAGCCUUUUGCCUUAACGCCUCCAAUCAACUAUUACCGAGCGAACUUUAGAUUCGACUUCCCGGAGAUUGUUGAACACAAAGAGAAUGUACCCAUGCUGGUGGCCCAUGCAGCCAACGAUCAUUACCUGUGCCACAGCUUGCUUGACACCAUAAAGAAGGAGUAUUCCACAAUAGAGACCGCUAUUGUCGAAAACGCGAGCCAUUUCUUGCAACAAGAAGAGCCAGAGAAAGUGAACAAACUGAUCAGGGACUUCCUUUCUAAGAAUAAUAUUUAAAAUUCCUAUGAUUUUAUUGUUAGCUUUCUAUGUUAAGUGAUUUUAAUGAUUAGACCGUAGUACAUACGUUUAUACGUAAGAGUAUUAAUUAUCUAAAACUUAUUUUUUAUUAUGUUUGUUUAUUCUUACCUAUAAUAAAAUAUAAUAGGUAAAAUGUGUGCCUUCAUAGUCAAUGUUACUAAUUAACGUAACUAAAUGUUUAUCUUUAUUAGCAUGAUUAUGAUUCUGAUGAAAAAUAAA